AAACAUACCACGAAGUAAACAAACAAUAAGUGCAUAUCCAAGGUCUAGAUCUAUAUCUAUUAUCUAAAUCUACUCUCGAUCAGCCGUAAAUUAGAACCAGUGUUGUUAUCUCGGUCACUAAUAUCUCAAUAAGAGGCGCAACAUGUGGAAUACUGAUCAAUUUGAUCAUCAAGGUGGUUUUAGCACACCACAAGCAGAGGAUAAAAAGAAAGGAAGUAAACGAAGCAGCAGUAUUGUUCCUGUGACUGUUGCACAGAUCUUAACAGCUAAACAUGAGGAUGACGUUUUUGUGUCAGGAAAUUUAGAACUCUCUAUGAUAACACUUGUGGGCCUGAUUACAUCAGUUAAUGAAUCACCAACUAGAAUAGAUUACAUGAUAGAUGAUAUGACAGGACCCCCUAUUGAAGUCAGAUUUUUUAACACAGCAGACGAUAAUGAAAACCCUGAUAGCAAAGAGUCCACCACACACCCAACUAACAUUUAUGUCAGGAUCUCUGGUAACCUUCGUGCAUUUGGAGGCAAAAGAACAGUAAAUGCCAUUAAAAUCACUCCCCUCACUGAUAUGAACGAACUAACGUAUCACAUUUUGGAUGUUAUUCAUGCAAACGGUAGUUCAGAACAGAUUUCUGGUUCUAGCCAAGCUGGUAACAAGCAGCCGACAAUGGGUAAGAUGGAUACAGGCAGAGAAACACAGAUCCCUGGGUUGACUACAAUACAGGCACAGAUUCAAAUGAUCAUCAAAAACAAAACAUUAGAAAAUGGUGACAAUGGUUGCAGCAUUGAUGAGAUUUGCCAGCAGUUAAAAAGUGUGGCCCCCAAAGCUAUCAGGGACGCAAUUGAGUUUUUAAGUGGUGAAGGGCAUAUUUAUUCAACAAUAGAUGAUGAACAUUUCAGUUCAACUGAUUAACUGCAGAAUUAUCACUUGUAUAUUAUGAAUGAAUCUUUUUAAAUAAACACAGGUUUAAAAG